CAUGUCAGAUUAGACCAGAGACUCAGUCCCUAGGGCUAUUGAAAAUAGAGAGAAUCAACCAGUAUCUUGGAUGAAUUACCCCAUUUCCCCCAAAUUGGACCCACAAGGAUUUAGUUUCUUAGGCUUGUUUGCAAGGAUUGUGGACUGGUCAAACUGGCCUUGUACCAGGGAGAAGCUUGGAUUGCUGCCAGGCAGGGUCCAGGGUACUGACUGAGCUGUCCCUUGUUUGGGGAGAAAGGAGAAGAGUAGCAGAGAGGUCCCAGACAUACAGAUGGAGGCCAAAAAAGAUCAGCAAGAAGACCAGAGCUCAAAGCGAAGCAGCAAGUCAAAAGAAAAAAAAGUAGAUGUGUUGGUCAAUGACAGUGACCAAAUCACACUCAAAACCAAAAUGGUUCCUGCAGAGAAGAGUGGUGAAAAACUCCCAGUAAAGAAGGAGAGCAAAAAAAUGAAGAAAAAAAAGACUGAGAAUCGGAAGAAAAGGAAAAAACAAAACAUCCUUUUCCCAGCUGAAACACAGGCUGAUUUGGAGAGCAUCCUAGAGGUCCCAACAAAAAUGGGGGGCAAAGCUGCUUGGAGAAAAGCUAAUAUCAAGAUGAAGUGGAUGGGCGGGUUCGUAAGACAUAAGAGAGAGGAAACAAAGGAGGAUGACAUAGAAGAAGAGCCAGUGGUACAAAGACCUUGCAAGGGCAGAAUCUGCUGGCGAAGAGCCAAUCUAAAAAUGCAGUGGAUGACUAUGACCAGAGCCCGGAAAACAUUGGAAUCGAAAGGCAAAAUAUCCAUUCCCAAGCCCCCGAGCAAACCUCCCAUAGAAGGCAAAGUUAGUUGGCGAAAAGCCAAUGUCAAGAUCCGGGGAGCCUUGGCCUGGAAAAGGAGAGAAUCAAAAAGUGACGAGGGAGAAUUUAGAGGUGACCUAGGAACAUCAAAAUUUGUCUUAAAAAACCUUCCAUACUAUACAGUUCACCCAGAUUUGCUCCAAUACUACGUACCUUUGAAGGUCAAAGCUUGGGACAAGAUAUUUGCUGAAGACCAAAGAAUCAAAAGAUUUAUGACCUACGUCACCGAGUAUGACCAGAAUAAGACUUUACUGAUUAUGACCAACAACCCGCCGCCUGGCCCCGUCAAUUGGCAAGGAAAAGACAAGCCGCCCUGCUACUUUUCCAAGGAACUGCUAGCCAAGCCAGAGGAGGAACAGAAAACCACAGCUCUUCUUCCCCUGAAGCCUCGGAAGAAGAAAAUAAAGUUUGAACACAAGACUCCUUUUCCAGUAGUAAUAUUGAAGGAUUCCAAACCUAAGCGGGAGCAGUGGUACAGGUUUGCCACCCAAAAUGAUUUCAAGCCUGAAGCCAAAUUUUCAAAGCUCCAUAUCCUAAGGAAACAACAGCAAAUGUAUCCUGAACUAACCUUUGCUCCAGAUUUUAGGUCAGGACGGGGCCAGGAGAGACAAAGGAAGACCUUCAUCUCUUGGGAGCCGCUGACCCUCUCUUCGCUCCUAGAAGUGAAGCCCACCCUGACCCUGCCCUUGCCAGGAAAGAAGCCCUUCCGCUUCGGGAGGGCCCAGCAAUGGUUCAUAAAUACGUCCUCGGCUGCUCAUUGAGUCACACUUGGCCCCCCAGGGAGCUCUCCCGCUACCAUGCCAUGGUCCUGAAAUGUGGCCGGCUGGACCCUGGCCCUCCUGAUGACUCCGAGGGCCAGCCCGACGCCCGGGAGACCUACAAAGAUAAUUAUGUCUGUCAUACAGGAAUUCUGCCGGGCCAGGCCUCCGGCUCUGGAAUGGGGAACUUGACCCCCUUUUUUGCGAUAUAUAUAUACAUAUAUGUGA